AUGCCUCGUAGCGUCAAGAUAUCAGCGGAUGCGCCAGGCGUGACCGUAACGACAGUGGACAAACGCUCGUUGACUUUACGCCGUGGCUUGACAUUUUCAGAUCGUCCAAGUGCAACCAUUUUUUUCCAGGAUUUUGCCAAAGCUCAAGGUAAACGUCUUGUUAUCAAUAAGAAAAAAUCUGGGGGUGCGCAAUACGAAUAUGUUUGCGCCAGUCGGUUACAUCCGUGCAACUUUCGUAUUAAGUUGCUCAAGAGUCGCAGUGCGCAAAGUUCGCAUUUUUUUGUCAGUUCGUUUUUUGCACAACAUUCGGUGGAUUGUAUUAGUGCCCCCAAACUUACGGUGCGCCAAGCUGCUGACGUUCUAUUGGGUGAAAAUGGGACACCCACUAAUGUAGCCAGUGUGAAACAGCUACAAGAACAAUUGCACCAAUCCAGUGGUGAAUUAAUAUCCUCUCGAAAAGCAUAUCGAGUACGCGACCGAAUUUUACAUUUAGCAGCCGGAGAAUUUACAAAAGGAUUUCAGCGACUUGAAAGUUUAUUAACAGGUUUUCAAACGAAAAAUCCUGGAACUCAUAUAGCCUUUGAGACAGACGAGACAUCGGGGAUAUUUCAAAGAGCAUUUGUAGCACAUCCCUUUAUAAGGGAAUAUCAGCAAACAAAAGGAUUACAACCACUUUUUGGAAUGGAGACAGCAUCUUUAACAAGUAUGAAUUAUUGUGGCCAAAUGUUUAUUAUCUUGGGCAAAGAUGGCAAUAAUCAAAUAAUUCCAUUAUGUGUUGCAGUAGCACCACAAGCAGAUAUGGAAAAUUGGAAAUGGUUCUUGACAAAUUGUCAACAAGCACAGCUGAAUUUGUCUAGAGGAAUAAUUAUUGCAGAUAGAACAAGAACAUUAAUGUCAGCUGCAGAAGGACGGAAAUUGACCAUUAGACAAUGCACACAACAUAUUAUUUUGAAUUUAAAAGUGAUCAUCAAGGAUUUGGUGACAGUCCAAGUGGAAGAUUUAAUUUGGCGAGCACAAGCUGCUGAAAGUGAAGCCGAAUUUACUUCGUGUCUCGGAAUGAUUGGGUUGAUAUGUCCAGCAGCAGAAAGUUACUUACGAAAUCUCGAUCCCCAUACAUGGACACUGUUUUGUGUGGCACAAAAGGUUAAGCUUUACGGUUGGAAUUCUACGCUUUUUUCGAUGGAAGACAACAAGACGGUGCUUUGUCUUGCUCCAUACGACUUGAUGCAGCAUUAUAUGGAAAAGUUCAUGACACACGCUUACAACCAAAGUGUACAUGCUAAAAAAUGGAUUGAGGAGGGUAAAACUUUUACCAAAUAUGCGGAAAAAUUACUUACGGAACAGCGUGAUGCGGCCAAUUUUCAGGUCGUCCAGCCGUCGAACGAUGGUAUUACAUUUGUGACAGAAUCGCGCUCGUUCCCGCCUCGACGCUAUCGCGUGGACUUGAACCAAUGCGUGUGCUCAUGUGCAUAUUUACUGCAGAUGGGCGUGCCCUGCCGCCACUUCUUAGCUGCGCUAGCAUUUUUUAAGCGUUCGAGUGAAGAAGAGAAUUUUAUGGAUGCGUGUUUUAGGGUCACGACCUUCGCGGAGCAAUAUGACACUCAACGUACGGGCAGCAUAGAGUUACUGCUGGACUCUGAGUUACAAGAAAAUCAUGCAGUAAGAGCUCCCGUCGUGGCCCGCAAGCGUGGACGCCCCAAAUCGAAGCCUUUUUCUGAGAAUGAUGAGGUGUUGAUGAUGCCUGCAGUUGCAAGUGUCCUACUGAAUGGUAAUACCAGUUUGUUGUUAGACAGUGAGGAUGCGCAAGAAAAACGGCAAUGUUCGACUUGCGGCCUGACAGGACAUAGCAAGCGCACUUGUAAACAAAAUGCACGUGCAUCCUCUACGUUGCAUGAAGUUGCACCUGACAUGAUAUUCUAG